AUGUCUGAAGAACUCACCAAGGUCGACUCUGCCAUUGCUGGCAUGACGAUAUCACCCAAGGAUGAGAAAGCCCCCGAUAAGGAUGCCAAGAAGUCUCACAGACGCACCUCAUCUCAUGCUGAGGGCGUCUACAAUAUCAAGGAUCUUGAGGACAAGAAGAUUGAGAUAACUCUGCCAAUCGAAACGCAAAGAACAGGGUGGAAGCUGAAUACCUCUCCGUCCACUGUCGAGGACAAAGACAUUCUGAAGCUCCAUCUGGUCAACCCUCCGGUCAAGAAGAUUGAUCUGCAUUUUCCCCUGGGACUGGAAGUGACUGCUCGUAACAUGAAGGGAGUCACGAUAAAGGAUGCGCUGGACGCGAUCUACAAGCAGUUCAAGAAGAAGGCCGAUGAUGAAUUGGACAAGCCCUACCUCGCUGGUUUCGAGUGGGACAAGGAUGAGUGCUGGACACGCCUCAUUGUUCAUCAGACCAAGCAAGGCCCUCCCCAGCAGCCCAGCAAGAAGUCCAAGAAGAAGAAAGCCGAUGAAGCAUAG